AUGAAGACCUAAUUUUAAAGACUUGGGAAGGAGGAGAAUGUUCAAAGACUAAACAAUUUAAAACAAUUAUAAUCAUCAAUAAAAUCUUAUAAAAACUAAAUCAAGACAGAACUUGGAAAAUUGCUUCAAUUAUUAGAGCAACAAGUGGAAUAAAUUCAACUUGAAAUUGAAAAGAAGGAAUCGAAAUUAGAAAUUAAAAAUUAUGAUGAGGAAAUUCAAAUUCUAUCAAAAACUUAUACAGAGAAUUUUAGUUAUAAUAUACCUAAAUAACUAACUUAUAUGGAAAAAGACUUAGCUCUUGUCCAAAUAAUUUAUGAAACACUCUAAUCUCAGCAACAAUCAUAAAAUUUUAACUAAAUUCUGGUAUUCAUAGAUUUAAUAAAACAUAGUGUACCAGUCAUUUAAUCUGCCAACAUAAACUAAAUACCUGACAGAGAAUUUAAUUAACAUGUAUUUUUUAAUUAUUUAUCUAAGAAAGCUCCUUGCCUUAAUUAGGUUUGUAAUAAAAAUAACAAGGAAACAAUUAUGGUAAGCAUAGAUUAAAAUAAACCAGAGUUUAGAUGGCAUGCGUAGAAUGCAUUAAAGAUAAUCCGAUUUAAUAUAUUAGUUUAAAAGACGAUGAUAAAGGUGGAAUUUAUUUAUGGGAUAAUCAAAGGAUCUAAUUUCUAAAUAUCAUUGUAAAAGAUAACAAUAAUUUAAUACAGUUAUAAAAGAAAUCAAAGGACUAAAAGACUAUUAUAAUUAAUAACUAUCAAAAAUGAUCAAAACUAUAGAUGA